AGUUUUAACCGCUACAUUGGUUUAUCCGUUUCAAUGUGCAAGUGAAGGCGGUGAGGGCGGUGGGGUUUGAUGUUUACGAGAUGCUCUAUCCGAACGAGGGAAUUCGCCUUGUGGUGCUAUUGAUUGUUGUCAUCGAUCCAAGACUUUGGGCCUUGAAUUUUCCUUUCCAUAACAUAUAUACAGAGCAAAGAACAUGCCCCUCUUCGCAUUCGGCUCCAACAGCUGUGGGCAACUAGCUCUGGGCCAUGUAGAGGACGUAUCGACAUCUACAAGAUGUCUAUUCUACGAAGACCCAGACCCUACUACGCAGAGCGAUAUCAUCCGCAUCGCAACGGGUGGAAAUCACACUCUCGUGCUUUUCGGGAAUGGAGCGGUUUAUGCUGUGGGGUCUAAUGUGGAUGGGAGGUGUGGGCGACAGCAACAACAGGGAAAAGAGGAUGAGCCGUUACUGCGGUUCAGACGGGUUUUUCUCACCACAGAGGAUGGGAAGGUGUAUGACACGUUCAAGGAUGUUUCUGCAACAUGGGAGGGGAGCUUCCUAGUCGUGCGGUCUGAAGAUGGCGAUGUGACUCUCGUGCUUGGAACAGGGACAAAAGGCGAACUUGGGCUUGGAUCUUCCAAAACACAAUCUCUCACACCAACCAGAAUCCCAGAUUUUUCUCCCCCCGGGACACGAGUGGUUUCAAUCACCAGUGGCAUGGGUCAUACAGUCGCCGUCUUGUCAAACGGCGAGGUAUACGGCUGGGGCGGUGCGAGGAAGGGACAACUCGGGGAAGGUGCAAAGGCAGGAAAGAUAGCAUGGUCGCCUGUUAAGAUUGCAGAUGUGCCAUUCUACGCGACGGCUGUUACCUGUGGACGAGAGUUUACGGUUGUUUCGGGUGAUAAAGAGAAAGGGGAGUACGUGGUUCUGGGAUCGAGUGAUGAUAAGUGGGGAAUUCUUUCUGAACGGCCUGGUUCCAUUUCUAAUGAUGGUGCUCGUGUGCUUCUGGCAUAUACUGGUAUCUCUGCCGGUUGGCAUGCAGUCUAUGUACAUCAUCAACGCCAACGUGAUUCUGAUCCAUCUAUCACGGCUUGGGGCCGGAAUGACCGCGGCCAACUUCCCCCGGCGGAUUUACUCAGUUCGAAGAUGUUGGCUGUGGGCAGUGAGCAUACGCUUGUCCUUCUUGAUGACGGGACGGUCGUGGCGUUUGGAUGGGGUGAGCAUGGGAAUUGUGGUACUGAGGUCGAUGCUCAAGGAAAUGUUAAGGGGAGGUAUAAUAGGAUCGAGGUGUCUGAGAUCGGGCAUGGGCGCGAUGUUGUUGGUAUCGGGGCGGGAUGUGCUACUAGUUGGGUUGUCACAUCGUGAUCCGUCGUUUGAUGGUUGGUUGGAGCAUAAGAGAUUCUCAAUCGAAGAGAUUCUCAAUCGAAGAGACCGAGACCAUGGAGCUGGGACAUGCGCUGCGGUUCAACUAUUAGCCAUACCCCUCGACAAUGUCUGCUUGCACUAACCUGAUCCGCUGUUGCAUCCCAUCCGAGCAUAUCUUC